GCUACGGAGAUGAGGAUGGGAGUGCCCGCUCAUCUCAACCAACAGGCAGAAGAUUCUGAAUGCACCAUUCGGGAGCAAGAUCGAUUCAUGCCAAUAGCAAACGUGAUCAGAAUCAUGCGCAGGAUCCUUCCUCCCCAUGCCAAGAUAUCCGAUGACUCCAAAGAGACCAUCCAAGAAUGUGUCUCUGAGUUCAUAAGCUUUGUAACAGGUGAAGCCAAUGAGCGUUGCCAGCAUGAGCAGCGCAAGACUAUCACAGCUGAAGACAUUCUUUGGGCAAUGAGCAAGCUUGGUUUUGAUGACUACAUUGAACCCUUGACUUUGUACUUGCAUCGUUAUCGUGAGUUUGAUGGUGGUGAGCGUGGAUCCUUGAGAGGGGAGCCUUUGCUGUUGAAGCGUCCAAUGGUUGAUCCACCCUAUCACAUGCUGCCUCAUAAUUUUCCAAUGGCUCAUCGGCAUGCAGGUUACUAUGUGUAUCCACCACAAAUGGGCAAUGGUACUUAUAUGCAGGGGGAUGGAAUCGCUUCUCAGUGUGCUGUGGUUGCUGUGGGAAGUGACGACAUUGAGUCUCCUGCAGAGGAGGGUCAGGAGUGAUCAGUUUCACUGCUGAAGGAAUUAAUUAAGCUGUUGUUG